UGCUGACCGUCCCGCCCGCCCGCGGCCCGCGCGCCCGCCUGCUCCGGUUCGCGCGUGGAUCCUUGUCCCCGGGCGGCUCCCGCCCUCUGGCUGGCCCACUUGUCUGAACCCAGCGAAGUGGCUGAGGGAAGUCAUGGUAUUCGCUCCAGGUGAGAAGCCUGGGACUGAGCCAGAGGAGGUGAAGCUUCAGCAUGCCAGCAAGCAGAUUGUACAGAACGCCAUCCUGCGAGCCAUGCAGCAAGUCUCCCAGGAGAGCCUGCGGAGGGAAGGCAGACCCGGUGACAGCCGGGCCAGGGGCCGGCUGGGAGGGUGCGAGCUGAUCAAGAAGCACGAGAAGAAGUAAUAGGUGCUGGGUCUGGCUCUUGUCAUCUUGGUUUCUGCCUUUUCUGGUAGUGUAGGACGUGCCACCAGAUGUUGCCUAGAAGCAAGCCAAAGUGUCAUGGAUGCCCAUCAGUAGGAUGAGUUCAUGCUAGUCUUUGUGAUGAGCUGUGGUUUGCAAACCUGCAUUAGGGACUCUUCAUAUCUGUGGGGAGACUCUGGGAGCAGCUGAGCCAGAUGUGGCUCUCACACUGCAGACGUCAUUUUGUUACACAACCUAUUUUCCUAUUUCUUAAAAAAAAAAAAAAGGAUUCUAUGUCUUGUUUAUUUAUGCAUUUUUUUCCCAUGAAUUCAACCAGCGGUCUUUAUUGCCCUUCUGAGUCACUGAGGGUGGUUCUGUGUUCUUCAUAAAUAUUAAAAGACACACUAGAAAGAUGAGGGACUGGAGCUUUAGCCCUGUUCAAACAGACACUUGGUGACUUUCCUUCUGAGAGUUCAGGUUCAAGGUCAAACUGCGCAGAGCAGAAUCCAGCCCCAGCCCUGUACUAGAGCUUACGUUUAUAUUUCUCCCAGGAAGGACUGUGUUUAUGCCGUGUGAGACCUCAGUCUUUUCUCUGUUCUCUGAGCUGUUUGUUGGCAUUUACCUUCUGUGCAGAGAUCUGGUGGGGACAGUACGGAUAUUUCUUCUUAACUCGAGAUUAAAAGAGAUGGCAGAACCUGCACACAUGAGUUUUCUUUGGCAGUCUAAAGGGAACAGCACACACUCUGAGCUUCUAGCUGCUCCCCAUCCUGGACUUACCGACCCUUGAAGCUGGAGAGGGCAGUCUCCUUGGCCAGGCUGAGCCCAGUGCUGGCUAUGCUAUCACCCAGCUCUGCAUCUUCGCUAGUCCCUUACUGAUAGAUUUCCCUCUCCCACGAAAAGAAUCAGCGUGACUUUUUUCUUUUAACAUUCUCAAAAUUAUAAGGCUGGGAAUAAAAACUGGGAAGACACGGGAAACUUUGUUUUUUUCUUUUUAAUUCUCCGAGGCGUGCGAAUGGAAUGAGGAGAGUAACAUGGCUGCGGGCUGAAGGCAUUUGGAGAGACGUGUGUGCACGUGUGCCAACCCAGCCACCUCCAUUCAUCAUGAGAACCUCCUGCUGCUCCCGUGUGGACAGCAGGUGUCUCUCUCGAGUCUUUUAGAGCCUCCUUUACUGUGCUUCGUGAAAACUGCUGAGUUGGUGCUACUGGGGACAGAGGAAGACGUCAACCUUGGUUAAAACCCUCCAGGCUACAGAGUAUCGGUGUCUACACUGGCAUUCACUCUAAAAGCCACAUAUUGCUAGUGACACAUCUCCGAAAUUCAAAUCUGCCCUACUAUGUGCGGCCGGGGAUACUACAGAUAACAAUAAAUGAAAAAAAAAUUACCUUCACCACAUUAGACUAUAUUGGGUGAUGCACAGGUGGAACAAAUUCAUCCUGGGAGAGAAUUCACGAGGGAGAAAAGAGAGGGUUAAAUUUUAGAUAUUGUUUAUUCAUCAAUUUUUUUUAAAAAGCAGAACUCAUGGCAAUUAAAGAACGAACUUAAGUCAACCUAAAAUCAUAUGGCUGAAUUUAUGGCAGUCUCAUAGCAUGGGCAACGGGAAUAAGUGUAUUUGGAGAAAUUUUUCAUAUGUGCCCACAAAUAAGAAACAUACCCCGUGCCUGUAGUUUGCAGGUGGCCUGACCCUGUGUCUCUGCUAAGACAGCCGACUCUGCCCAACCUUGCUUUACUGUCAAAUGGCAGAAACAUAAAUACGUUACCUUUCUUCUCUGGCGUGUAUGUACUAAUAAACAAGGGA